GAUUUUUUUUUAAUAGAUCCCUCUGUCACCCACUUUAUCACCCAGCAGCAAAUAUUAAAUAACACGGGGAGACAACCAGUAAGUCACUGAAGGCAUUAGGCCUCACAAUGAGCCAAAAUGGAUUUUGUGUCUGAUUUAAGUGCAAGAUCCAUUUUGCUUCUGUUACUUUAAUGAAUGAGGUAAAGACUUCUUUUUGAGCCACGUAAAUAAUUUCUCUUAACAAGCUGCUCAGUGUUGCUUUUAAACUAGGUGAAGUGUCUCCAAUAUGUAUAUUAUCCCUCCCAAAUUUGCCACCAAUAGGAAUGUGAGGCAGACAGCAGGAGCUGAGCCUUUGGCUCAUGUUGAUCUCACAGUCACUCCAGAGGGUGGGAUGGGGGUGGGACAUGGCAGGGGACACAUGCCCCAGAUGGGAAGUUCUCUCCCAGGAGACUUUGUCCUGAGAACCAUGUCAUAGUAAGAUUCCACUGGCCUUGGUGUGGACAUCAGUAGUUCACCAUUUUCCUUUUCCAAAGUUAUAUGGAAAUUCUUUGGAAAAUAAAUUCUGGGAUUUGGUGAGGGAAGGUCCUUUAAAGAAAUAUGGUGAAUUACUACAAAGUACUAGGGGUUCCUCAGAAUGCUUCCUCCUCUGAUAUUAAGAAGGCUUAUCACCAGUUAGCCCUUCAGGUACACCCAGACAAGAGCCCAGAUAACAAGGAGGAGGCUGAGGAGAAAUUCAAGCAAGUAGCAGAAGCCUGUGAGGUCUUGUCUGAUGCCAAGACACGUGGCAACUAUGACAAGUCCAGAGAGAACUGCAUCAAUGGGGGGCACAGAGGAGACGGCAGAGACCCAACCUGUCUGAAGAAGGAACUGUGGUCUGAGAGGCUACACUGUAGCUUUCAAAAUGCCUUUGAAGGUGAAGACUUCUUCUCAGGAGAUUGUUUUUCCACUGGCCAUUUGGGCAGGGCCAGGAGCUUCUGCUGCUCCUUCUUUGAUGUGACCCCCAUACUGGACACAGGAUUUUCCACUUUUGUAUCCCUGGGUGCCAAACCAAGUCCCCGUUCCUUUGGGAUGUUUGCACCCUUUGUAAGCAGCGGAAUGGAAAACUUCAGACUGGUCACCACUUGUACUCAGAUAGUGAAUGGCAAGAGAGUUGCUAGAGAGAAUGUCGUAGAUAAUGUUAAGGGGACGACUGAAGUAGAAAAAGAAUGCCCAUCUCAUCAGAUCCCUCCACAUCACUGGUAAGGAGUUGCUAUGCUCUUUCACAAGGAGACUUGCCUGUAAGGCUGGUGAGUCUGACACUUAUCAAGGACAGACUGGAAUCUGUGAGUGUGCUGAACUGGAAUGGACAGAGGUCAGCUUAGUCCAAAGCUCUCAUCUCACAGAAGAAGGGAUGGGCCAGAUGUUACACAAGGAGCUAGGAAGCUGCAGAGUUUGGCUUUCAGCCCGUAUCCUCUGAUUCUACAUUGAGCCUUCUUCUGUUCCCCUGCACUAUAUUUGGGACAGUAGUGACCACCACCCAGAUGCCGUUAGAAUCAGUUCUCUACCAUCAUAAAUCCCAUUGACUUCUUUCCAACUGUUUUCCUGCUGGUUAGUUACCUUGCUGGUAUCCAGUUGCCUUUCUUGAUGGCCUGUCUUCUCUCUUCCUAGCCUCUUUUUCUCUGCUUCUCUUUCUACCUCUUCUUCUUUCCUCCCAUUUCCAGGGGACCAUAUCACAUUAGGCUCCAGGGAAAGAGGUGCCUCAGUGUAGGUUACUGUUGGCACAAAGAGUGAAAAGUAAAUGGCUUAAGAUUUUUUUAUGUACUUUUUUUAAUAGCCAGCAUUUAUUGAGUGGUCAGGAGAUGUUAGAAAUUCUACUUCACUUGUGUUAUCUCAGUAGUCCUGUAAGCAGUGAAAUAUAGUAGCUGCUCUCCUCUAUCAUAUAGAUAAAGAAGUGAGGCUCAGAAAGAUCACAUAACUUGCACCAAGCCCCACCAAAUAAGCAAUAAAAUAGUGUCUGACUCUUGAAACACAAGCUUAUCUACUGAGCUAUAUUAUCUGUGGAUCCUAUUCAUUUAUUUUUAGAUCUAGGAUCUUGCCCCUCACUAGAAAUUUAUACCUGUCAUCUCUAAACCCUACUUCCAUGCAUGAGUACUUGCUGGAACUUAAAAAUACGCAAACAUUUGUAAUGUUAUUGCCCAACAGAUACUUGGUCACUCUUACAUGAAGAGAGAAGAUGGAGCAGUGUAAAAAGUUUUGCUGAAACUAAUGAGUGAUUGUCCCUUAACACAAAAAUGUAAACCAGAUCCCAAGAUGUGUACUAGUUUUUUGUUUUGGCUUUAAUUGUGAUUUACAUGCAAAAUCAUGGGAUUUUUGUUUGUUUAAUUGAAUCUGAUCACACUCCAACCCCUUCUUUUAUACUUAUGAACAUAAGUAUAGUGGGGUCCAGAAGAGUGAUUCCCUGUGGAAAACUACUGGUGGAGUCUGCAUUUGGUCCUCUGUCUUCCAAUUUCCAGUCUCCUGCUCAGUCUAGUAAACCAUGCUGACAGGCAAAAUUUGGAUUUCUUUUGCAUCGCAAUCUUUUAUGGAAGUUAUGUAACAAAUGAUUGGCAUUCUUAAUCAAGGAACUUUCCUAUGUUUGCAAUUUUUAUGAGACGAAUGUUUUGUGUAGCCUUUGAACUUUUUGAAUCUCAGUGAAUUUUCUGAAACAGGAAUAUGCCUGUAUCCCUAUGGCAAAGGGUAGCAUCCGGGCAGGGAGCACACUUCUAGAAAGGAAGCAGAAGACAGAUUUGGAAAUGGACACAUUCCCCUUCUUCCAAAGCCUCUACAUUUCCACACAGUAGUCUUUGAGAACUUCUUAUAUGUCAGGCAGUGUGCUAGGUGCCUUACAUUUCUAAUAUCCAAAAUCCUUUAGGGGUUUAUUUCCAUUUUACAAGUAAGGAAACUGAGGCUUAGGGAAGUUAAGUCUCUUACCUGGGUCACACAGUAAGUUGUAGAGAUAGGGUUCAGACUGCAGUUUGCUCGACCUAGAAGUUCACGUUUCCAUUAUCCUGUAUUAUGUAUCAUCUGAAGGGCUAUCAUCUUGGUUAAAGAGGAAAACUUUGUUAUAUGUGUGAAUUAUGUUCAUUUCAAAAUUUUUUAAAUGAGCACUUCCAGAUGGAGCUUCCGUUUCCCUAGCCUAGUCUGAGGUGAACAGCAGUGUGGCCUUGAACCAAGGAAAAUCAGAUUGGAGCAUGAAACAUAAUUUUCCAUUUGUCUUAGAUAAAAUCCAAGUUUCAGCAUUUUUCACAGACAUACUUAGUUUUGGUAGAAAUGCUGAGUUGUAGAAGGACUUUCUGCCAGCAAAGAUUUUAA